AAUCUCGUCCUUUGUCACUUCCUGUGAAAGCCAUGCUGAACUCAUCCGAAAGCUGCAGAAGUCCUGAAGAAAGAAUGAAGGAAUUUAUUGGAAUAGUGUGGAAUGCAGUUAAGCGCCUUACACUUCAGCUUGAAGUGCAGUCUUGUUGCGUAUUCCUUCCGAAUGAUAGCCUGCCUUCCCCAAGUACUAUUGUAUCAGGUGACAUUCCUGGGACUGUGCGAAGCUGGUACCAUGGACAGGCCAGUAUGCCUGGGACACUUGUUGUCUGCUUGCCCCAGAUAAAGAUUAUGAGUGCUGGACACAAACACAUGGAACCAUUGCAGGAAAUCCCGUUCGUUGUGCUGAGACCCAUCCUGGAAGAAGGUGAUGCUUUUCCGUGGACGAUUAGUCUGCAUCAUUUCAGUAUAUAUACUCUCCUUGGACAACAGAUGACACUUAAUUUAGUGGAACCAAUGGGCUGUACUUCCACGUUAGCUGUUACUUCGCAGAAACUGCUUGCUUCGGGGCCAGAAGCCAGACACUCAUUUGUUGUCUGCCUCCAUGUCGACCUUGAGUCUCUUGAAAUAAAAUGCUCCAACCCCCAGGUGCAGCUUCUGUAUGAACUGGCUGAGAUCACAAGUAAAGUUUGCAAUAAAAUUCAGAGGAAAGGAAUUCUGUAUCAAUCUUCUGUCUAUACUGAAACGAUGACAGGACCUGCUCCCCCAAGCUCUCCAGUUAAAAGUAGCGUUGGUACCGCUCCACCAGAUACCAGCACAUACAGUCCAUCUGCUGACAUUGGGACCACUACAGAGGGUGAUUCUCUUCAGGGUGGUGAUGAUUCUCCCUUCUCAGACUCCAUUACAUUGGAACAAACAACAAGUAAUAUCGGAGUCUCAAGUGGACGUGUCAGCCUAUGGAUGCAGUGGAUGUUGCCAAAAAUUACUAUAAAAUUGUUUGCUCCUGAUCCUAGAAAUAAUGGCACAGAAGUUUGUGUUGUCAGUGAAUUAGAAGAUCUCAGUGCCUCAGUGGAUAUGCAGGAUGUCUAUACCAAAAUCAAAUGUAAAAUAGAAAGCUUCAAUAUUGACCAUUACAGAAACAGUUACUUGGUUCUUGUAAUCAUUCUCUGCUUCAUUCUAAUAAAGCUGUCUGCUGAAAAUCCAGGGACAACCGCGAAACUUUUAGAUGGCUCGCACCAACAACAUGGGUUUCUCUCUCUCACUUAUACCAAAGCUGUGACAAAAAAUGUCCGGCACAAACUGAUAUCAAGAAAUGAACGAAGAACAUUCCAGAAGCUAUCAGAAGGUCACACUGAUGGUUCUCCUCACUUUCUUCAUGAGAUCCUUCUCUCUGCUCAGGCCUUUGAUGUGGUCCUCUGUUUUCCUUUACUUAAUGCAAUUGCAAGCAUUUUUCAAGCCAGGUUGCCGAGGAGUCAAAAGGAGAAAAGAAAAUCACCAGGCCAACCUAUGAGAACUCAUGCUCUAACUUCCCGCAACUUGCCCUUGAUUUAUAUCAACACUGGUGUAAUAAGAGUCUUCUUUCCCAAAAAUGAGGAAGAUCGUCAUACUGCAGAAGGUAAUCCACCAAUUAAAGAAGACACUUUGGUUCUCAAGAUUGGAUCUGUCUCUAUGGCUCCUCAAGCUGACAACCCUCUUAGUAGAGCUGUGCUCAGAAAAGACAUUUAUCACAUAAGGCGACAUCAGGAGAGGAGAGCAAUUUUAACUCCAAUUUUAACAGAUUUCACAGUUCGAGUAACUGCAGCUCCUGCAAUUAUUUUUACGAAAAUCGAUGCUGCAGAGAAUUUACACCCAGAGGAAAUUUUGGUGUGUGGUCAUUCUUUGGAGGUGAAUGUGACAACAAACCUAGAUUUCUUCCUCAACGUGGCUCAAGUACAGCUUCUUCAGCAGCUAGUACAAGCCAAUAUGGUUGGACUGGAACCUUCCAGUAGCACCACUGAG